AUGCUCGCCCGAGCAAUAAUAAAUGCCCUCACUAACAUCCAACUCCUCGCUGUCAACUGGUCAGUACGUCGUGUCCCUCGAAUCGCUUCCCCCGGGCAUAUCGGUACUCCUCCCCGGCCGACCUUCCUCACGCAAUCGCCAAAGGCCACCAGCAAGGUCAACUGCAAACCAAUCCCCGUGUACAACCAUUUGAACUCCUCCAUGGCCAAUGCGUCGACUGGCCAGUAA